AUUUUUUCUACGAAAGUUCUCGAAUUUAAAGAUUUAGAGAAAAAUUUUAUAUCAAAAUGUUAAAACAACAAUUUCUGUAUAAAUCAAGUCGUAGUACGAUUCUCGUGUUUAUCUGUAAAAAUAUAAAAUCAAGUCUUCGUGACGCCGCUACGUUGUCUUAGUUACCAACGAGUUGUUUAUAAAAAAGCCGGUUAGUAAUUUUGCAUGUAGUUUUGUACGAAGCAAUUUCUUCAGUAAAACAAGAAUUUAAAAGCUGAAAAUGAGUGUUCAUGAAGAAAGUGAGAGCGGCGAUGAAUUUAUGUGCACUCCGCCUGAGGUUGCUGCAAUGGCGGAAUCAAUUAUGCCUGAGCUUUUGCCUGAAAAAUCGAGAAAUCGGUACGAAAAAGAACGAGAGAGGUUUUUUAAUUGGUGUAAAAUGAAACAAGUCAAGCGGUAUACAGAAACCGUGUUGCUUGCCUAUUUUGUCGAAAAAUCUGGAAAAUUGAAAUCAUCGACACUGUGGUCAAUGUAUUCCAUGUUGAAAAGUAUGUUGAUUUUGCAAGACAACGUCGACAUUUCCAAGUAUGCCAAGUUACAAUCGUUUUUGAAACGUAAAUCUGUUGGUCACAAGCCGAAAAAAUCGCUGACUUUUACGAGGCAACAAAUCAGUACGUUUUUAGAGGAAGCACCCGAUGAAACAUUUUUAAUGAUGAAAGUUGCUCUAAUAUUAGGAGUUGCUGGGGCUUGUCGUCGAGAGGAGUUGACGAAAAUGACGGUGAACGAUAUCCAAGGCGAAGAUACGUUUUUACUCGUAACGAUUCCAGACUCCAAAACGCAUGUUCCAAGAACUUUUUCUGUUACGGAGGGAAAAGAGAAUUGGAUACACUUGUACCAGAAAUAUAAAGCGCUUCGUCCUCAAAAUGCUCAAACUUCGCGACUUUUUUUAAAUUAUAAAAUGGGAAAAUGUACCGUACAACCUGUGGGUAUUAAUACAUUUUGA